AUGUUCAAGCCCUCAUUUUCUCGGGGGUUGACCGCGACGAGCUUCCGGCGGCAGCUGUCUUCGCACGCCGGUUCCGGCUUGAAGAUCAAUUCCGAUCGCCUGCUGGAAACUCUCCAUCACACCUGCCAAUGGGGUGCAGCUCAUCGAUAUGGCGAUGAUAGCUGCCCCACGGAAACCGGCAUGAACCGAUUAUGCCUGACAGAUGACGACGCCCGAGUCCGCCGGUGGCUGCUGGACGAAGCCGAGAAGCUGGGCUGCACCGUCACCAUCGACCAGAUGGGCAACAUGUUCGCACGACGACGCGGGUCUCUCAAAUCCCCGGCGCCCAUGACGGCAAUGGGCAGUCAUCUCGACACGCAACCGCGCGGGGGCCGGUACGAUGGCAUUCUGGGCGUCAUCGCUGCGUUAGAGGUGCUGCGCACGAUGACAGACCACGGCUACCAAACCCAAUUCGACAUCGGACUGGUGAACUGGACCAACGAGGAGGGGGCCCGAUUCCCAAAAUCCAUGUGCUCCUCCGGCGUCUGGGCCGGCGAGAUCCCCAUUCAAAACGCCUGGAAACUGGCGGAUAUCUUCGACCCAGCCGUGACACUGCGCUCCGAGUUGGAGCGCCACGGCUUCCUGGGCGACACCCCCUGUUCGCCCAGGGGCUAUCCACUGGGGGCGCACUUCGAGCUGCACAUCGAACAGGGCCCCAUCCUGGAGGAAGCCAAUCGGAAGAUCGGAGCCGUGACCGGAGCGCAGGGAUACCGGUGGCUGACGAUCAAGGUGGCCGGCCGCGACGCACACACGGGCACGACGCCGCUCAGCGCGCGGCGCGACCCGGUCCUCGCGGCGGCGAAGAUGAUCGCGGCGUCGAACGCCGUAGCCCGGCGACACGGGGCGCUCGCGUCGACAGGGGUGUUGAAGCUGCCGCCGACCUCGUCCACGAACACCGUCGCCGCGGAGGUGACCUUCACGCUGGACAUCCGGCACCCGCGCGACCGCGUCGUGCACGCCGUGCAGGACGAAUGCCUGGCCGCCUUCAACGAGAUCGCGCGCGAGGACGGCAAGGGCGUCGCUUUCGAGUGGACGUUGGAUACCGAUUCGCCCGCCGUGCAGUUCGAUGCUCACUGUCUGACGGCCGUCAAGAAGGCGGCGACGCAGCUCGUCGGCGCCGACGGCUGGCUGGAGAUCACCAGCGGCGCCGGCCAUGACAGCGUCUACACGAGCCGACACUGCCCCACGGCCAUGAUUUUCGUGCCCUGUAAGGAGGGCGUCAGCCAUCAUCCGGAGGAGUACUGCAAACCUGAGGACUGUGCCCUGGGAACGCAAACGCUGCUGGAGUCAGUCGUGAACUACGAUCGCAUGAGGAGCAAGCUCGACUAG